AUUCGUAUUUUAGUCAGUCAAUAACAAUAUUUAGACAAGUUCAGUGUAUACAAUUCCAUUUUAUAAUGAGUGUAACAUUAAAAGACAGUAAUAUUUUACAAUUUAACACAAAUACUCUGGAAAAUGUAAGAAAAGAGUUUAAUUUACACCAGCCUGGGAUGAUAGACCAAACCAUCGACAUAUUAUAUGAUUGGAUUCAAAAACAGGAACAUUUUGUGAAAAAGGAUUUUUCACGAGAUUACUUGGAACGAUUUAUCAUUUACGCAAAAGGCUCCGUUGAAAAAGCAAAAUUAAGAAUGGACAGACUCUGUACCAUGCGAACUAUGGCUCCAAACCUCUUUGAAAAAUGCCAUGCGAUAAAUGACUUUCCAGAUUUACGUGAUUUCUACAUAAAUGCAUUCAUGCCAAAAUUAACUGAAGACAACUACAGAAUACACGUUGCUAAGAUGAUGACUAAGAAAAUCACACCUUCUGGCUUCUUGAAGACCUAUCAACAUGCUGCAAUAAUGUGUGAAUAUGUGACAGUUAAUGAUUAUUCGCAAGGAUUUUACUCAAUUAUGGACCUUACUGAUAUCAAUAUGUCAGAUGUGAUCACCAACAUGAACCUAACAGAUUUCCGGAACAAUAUUAAUUUGUUUAUAGAGUGCUAUGGAUUCAGAAUAGCAGGUAUAUUUAUUAUAUCUACCUCACAGAUGAUAGAUACAUUCAUAAAAAUCCUGAAGCAAAUAGUCAGUGACAAAAUCGCCCAAAGGAUCAGUGUUUUAAAAACUGUUGCGUCCUUACAUCAAUUUUUACCGAAAGAAUUGUUACCAGAAGACUUCGGUGGUGAACAGAAAUCUUUGUGCGAAAUUUAUGACGAUAUGAAUGAAGAAAUGUCUACCGAAGAACACGUAGCACAUAUGAAGGAAAUGCGACUAGCGUGUACAAAUGAAAAGUUGAGGCAACCAGGCCGAUUUGAUGAAGAGUAUCUAGGGAUGCCAGGGUCUUUUAGACUUUUGAGUGUAGAUUAGAGUCAACUAUUUAGUGAAAACUAACUUGUAAAUAUAUCUUACUAAUACACACACGGGUAUACGGAAUAAAACAUGACUUGUCGUUUUAGUAACAUGAUGAGUAAUCGCGUUUUUAAACGUUAAUCCGAUGUAAAAAUUUACGUUAAUUCCGUGACCAUGUUUUUUUUGGCGUUAACAUAUGUAUUAGGUUGCGUUUCCACCAGCGAUGUGCGAGGAAGCGAGGGAUGUGUUUUUAGGGUUCCGUCGUCAACUAGGAACCCUUAUAGUUUCGCCAUGUCUGUCUGUCUGUCUGUCCGAGGCUUUGCUCCGUGGUCGAUAGUGCUAGAAAGCUGAAAUUUGGCAUGGAUAUAUAAAUCAAUAAAGCCGACAGUCGUAGAAUAAAAUCAAUUUUUUUUUUUUUAGGUUAGCUCCCCCAACACGUAAAGUGAUUUUUUUUUGCUUCAACCCCACAGUGUGGGAUAUCGUUUGAAAGGUCUUUCAAAAUUAAUAACAUUUUUUGAUAAAGUGAAUAUAUUCGGAGAUAAUCACUCCGAAAUACAAAAAUAAAUGUG